UUUAGGUGUCAUGUAAUUUAAACAAUCGUGUUAUUGGUAUUAAAGAAAUUUUUCUUAGUUAUUUACAGUUGUUUUCGUAAAGUAUAUCAUAAUGUUAAUACCGACGUGCCUAAUAAAGCUUUGUGAGUUGAUGUUAACAGUAGCAUGUCUGACUCUCCACCACUACAGUUACGACCUAACAGACAUACCAACACUGAUGCUGUGUUCUGGUACAUACGUCGGCUAUGUAGUCGUGCUCUCUGGGGAGAUCGUCGGAGAGAUGUUGUUCGCGCCGCUGGAUCUCGUCCAAGAUAUGUACUUUGGCAUGCUCGGGGUCGCCUUGUUCUCAGUGAGCGGAGGCCUCGUGUUAUCCGCGAGGGUUAGAACCUCCGUCUACCCGAGGACUGGAGACAGUAACGCAGCAAUACUGGCAGCUUCCCUGGCCCUUCUAAACGCAGUUUUCAUGCUUUUCGAUCUAAGCCUGGCAUACUUGGAUUCUGAGGAGUACGAUGAAGAAGCGAGCGUGUAACGAGGUGAGGCGGUGUCAGCGGCGGCGGACGCCUACGUGGACGCGUGGUGGUCUUCGAGCGGCAGUGUUCUGUUCGCAGCCU